AAAGUGCGAUCACUAAGAAGAGGACGAGGAUAUUGACAAGACACGAGAACCGGGAAUAAGUUAACAUAAAGUGAAAUUAAAAGCUUUACAUAUCGGGUGCGGAGUUGAAAGGCCGUAAAAGCUGUAAUAACUCGGCUAUGAGAUACAAGGACAUAAUAAAGAGUUCGAAAUCUGAGUUUAAAGCUAUCCAAGACCGAAACAGCGUGUUAGCUGUGAAGGCCAUUAUGGACCGUCUGGAAUCAGCAAAACUGGAGGGGCUGAACCAGGGGGAAUCGGGGCUGAGUGAAAUCUCGCCUGGGGAGCCAACAUUUUCGAGCCCGGGAGAUGACGCUUGUGUUGGUAGUGAAAACAAACAUGAGCAAGAAAGGGACGACCAUAGUAUACCGGCAAAAGGCGACAAAGUAGUGGCGUCUGAAGAAUAUCUGGAAGUUUCUGGCGUGGCGGCUGCGGUCUUGCAGCGGCGUGAUCAACUGGUGGCGUCUGAAGAAUUUUUGGAAGCUUCUGGCAUGGCGGCUGCGGACGUGCAGCGGCGUGAUCAAGUGGCGGAAAACGAUGAGGCAGAAAUCCAACAUUUGCAACAAAUCGAGAAGCUGUAUGUUGCGCGUAAAUGGGUGGCUGACUUAGAAAAUUCGUUGAGCCAAAAUGAACCCGCUCGAGGACAUGGCAUCGACAUGAAUGAUUUGGGAUAUCUACGAGGUCGUUCAUGAUUGAGACGGCAGCCCUAACUUGGCCAGCACUGCGAACCGAAUUGAUAGCUGUAUUCGACCUCAAGGUUAAGGUUUAAAACUGGUUAGAGAAAUUAUCAUCCGAUUCAUCAUGGAAGGCUUGGAAGAAAAUUCGGGAGCCGCGUUUGCAAUGGCUAACUGUAGUUCUUUGGACGACUUGCGGAAGAAAUUAUGAUCUACGAUAAAUCAAAGUAGACGCUUGGAAAGAUUUCAAAGUUGGAGAAGCAAACUAAACGGAAGUCCAAUUUCCAGUCGACCAGAAGGCAGGAUUCUGAAGCCUCUCGCUGCUACAACUGUCGGCAAAUGGGACAUUUUGAUAGAUUGUAGACAACCCAAAAUGCCGGAAGGGGUCUGCUUUAACUGCUACAGCACAAAGUAUCAGUAACGCCCCAAGCGGAAGACGAAAACUAUGGUGGCAGCCGUGCAGGAGAACGCGGGAUCUGGUUCGUAGGAGUUGGCAGCAAUUCAAGCAAUUGAAUUAUGACGAUUGCGAGGUGAAAAGGGAAAAUACAUACGCAUUGCCAGCACAGUGAAGUGCUUUGAUCAUUUUUGUUCAACAACGUACUAGAUCUUGUUAAAAAUAGUCGAUGAUAAUAUUCUGCCAUUACCUGUGUUAUUAGAUAGAGACUCGCUAAAGAUAAUCGAAGUUCAAUUAGUUCAUAAAAAAACAAGAACGCUAAAGUCGAGUAUCUCGACUAUCA